AACAAUCAAAAGAAGUUGAGGAAGAACCGAAAGAAGCAGGAAGAAGGAGAACACAUCGGUAUCAGCACAAUGAACUGCAAGAGACUAGGAAAGCCACAGGAAGCCAAGAUGUAGAUUGAAGUGGUCUCAAAUGCAGGAGCUGGAGGAAAUCCGCAAAGAUGGAUUGAAGUGUUUCCGCAACAUUCAAGUGGAUGAAGCAAAUAUUUUACACUGGCAAGGGCUCCUUCUUCCUGAUUGCACUCCAUAUGACAAAGGAGCGUUUCGGAUCGAGAUCCAUUUUCCCUCAGAGUAUCCCUUCAAGCCACCAAAGAUCAAUUUCAAAACUAAGAUCUAUCACCCCAACAUCGACGAGAAGGGCCAGGUGUGUCUGCCGAUCAUCGCUGCGGAGAACUGGAAACCAGCUACUAAAGCAUGCCAAGUGAUCUCGAGUCUCGUCAGUCUGGUGAACACCCCGCAGCCGGAGCACCCCCUGAGAGCCGACCUGGCUGAGGAAUACACUAAAGACCGCGCCAAAUUCAUGAAGAAUGCCGAGGAGUUUACGAAGAAACACAGCGAAAAACGCCCUGCUGACUGACAACACAACACACUGACGCUCACAGCUGUUUGACUUCUUUCUGUUUCUGGUUAAAAUAGCUGCCCCGACUCUGAUUUUACCCACAAAUACACACAAAAACACCCCAUUUCUCUCUGUCCUACAAUGUUUAACACUCUCCAACCACUCCUACGUAGAGCUCCUUAAUGUUUCUCUUUCACUUUGCCAAAAAGAAAAAGAAAAAGCAGGACUUUUUGGUGAAUAUGCAGGCUCUGGCCUCUAGCUGUCACCUUUAGUUUGUUUUGACUUCUUUCUACUUUCUUUUUAGAAAAUACAGAAAAUUAUCUGAGGUUGUGGCAUCCUGUAGGAAAAAGUGCUGUUCUGCUUCACUGAAUGUUAUCUCAGAUAAAUCCCUAGCUUAUGCAGAUGUGUUUACACCAUUUAGAGCUUUGUUUUCUAAAGUGGACUAAAUUUAGCAGCAUCUAAUGCUGCCAUUUCUUUCUGUUAUCCCCGUUUUUUUCUCUUUCCCUCUAAGAUAACUGUAUAUUGUGAAAUCACAGUACAUAAAAACUUUCAUUUGUUCCUGAUAGAGACAAAAAUCCAUGGGCUUUAAAAUGCUUUUAUAUUAUGAGACAUUAGGGAGACUCUCUACAAGUCCUUCUUGUGCUGUCUUCUUUGGAAGAAGCAUUAUUUUAUUUUUUAUGCAAAUGGGAAAUCAGAUGUGUUAAAUUGAAGUGUAUGUCUGGAAAUCAGACAUAGUUGUAAACGCACUUCACAUCGUCAUUUUUGUUAAAUUUCAUUAAAUUAUCUGUUCUGUUGCCUUUAAAACAAAGUUUUUGGUUCUUUGGUCAAUAAGCAGCAGCCUCAGCUUUAAUAUUUUAACAAACGGUUGCUCUUUUGUUUUUCUCUUUGUCCAUCAUCACUAUGUGGAUAUUUUUUAUACUAAGAGGUAAAUAAAGAAAGCACUGAUUGGUUCAUUAAGUUUUCGACCUGCAGUUUAACUCUUAGAGCUCCUCAGCUCUCUUCUCCUUCAGUAAACACAAAAUUAACCCGUUCAUGUACCCUGUUAGUUGACCAAUCACGCCGUUGUACAUGUGUAAUUUAAGGCAAUACACCCGACUGUAGGUGGUGAACAGAUGGUCAUUAAUGAAUAAAGAUUUGUGAUGGAUGCUCA